GGAGUAUAAAACAGAGGCAAGGAUCAAUUUAAGAGCAGAACAAUCACAGCGGAGCCUGAAAUAACUUCACAUGCUUUGCUGAGGGCCAGAAGUGCCAAGAGGAAGUGAGGAUGGAGGCAGGGAUGAAUGUCCUCCAUGACUUUGGGAUUCAAUCGACUCACUACCUCCAAGUAAAUUAUAAGGACUAUAAGGACUGGUUCCUCUUGGUCUCAGUGCUUGCAGAUCUUAGGAAUGCCUUCUAUGUCCUAUUUCCCAUUUGGUUCCAUGUUCGAGAGGCUGUGGGCAUCAAAUUACUUUGGGUAGCUGUGAUUGGAGACUGGCUGAAUUUGGUUUUUAAAUGGAUUCUUUUUGGGCAGCGUCCAUACUGGUGGGUACUAGACACUGACUACUACAUAAACACUUCUGCGCCUGUGAUAAAGCAAUUCCCUAUCACCUGUGAGACUGGACCAGGUAGUCCUUCAGGCCAUGCCAUGGGUGCAGCAGGUGUAUACUAUGUAAUUGUUACAUCCAUCCUCUCCCUUACUCGUGGAAAGAAGAAGCCAACUCUAAAGUUUCGGUGCUUGUAUGUCCUUCUGUGGUCAGGGUUCUGGGCUGUGCAGCUCAGUGUCUGUCUGUCCCGAAUCUAUCUUGCAGCCCAUUUCCCUCAUCAGGUUAUUGCUGGGGUCCUCUCAGGUAUUGUUGUUGCUGAAACUUUCCAACACAUCCAGAGCAUCUACAAAGCCAGUCUCAAGAAAUAUUUUGUGGUCACCAUCUUCCUUUUUAGUUUUGCUAUUGGAUUUUACCUGAUGUUGAAAGGGAUGGGAAUUGACCUUCUAUGGACCGUAGAGAAAGCCAAGAGGUGGUGUGAGCGACCAGAAUGGGUCCAUAUUGACACUACCCCCUUUGCCAGUCUACUCAAGAACCUUGGGACCCUCUUUGGCCUGGGCCUGGCCCUCAAUUCCAGUAUGUACAAGGAAAGUUGCAAGGGGAAGCAGAACAAGAGGCUUUCCUUCCGCCUGUGUUGUAUUGUGGUCUCUUUGGUCGUCUUGCAUCUUUUUGAUGGUUUCAAACCCCCAUCCCAGAUGGAGAUGCUUUUCUAUGCCCUGUCUUUUUGCAAGAGUGCAGCAGUACCACUGACAUCAGUUAGUCUUAUCCCUUACUGCUUCUCCCGGAUCCUGGGGCAAUCCGAGAAGAAAUUUUUAUAGUGGACCUGGAGACUUAAAUAUUCACUAUAAAUGAAUUGUGCUACUUGGGGGUAAGUGGUGUUCUGACAGCCUACGGUUUGGCCAGUGGGUUCAGGGGUUGGACUACUGACUCUCAUGAAGGCAUGUUACUUUUAUUGUGUCCAAUCCACAAUAGCAGAACUUUCAAAUGGGACAGGUCUUACAAGUCCCUAGUACCAGAGUUCAGGUUGGGGAUCACUUGUGAAUUUUUUCAGGCCGUGUCUACUCAUGCUGAGAAAAGGAGGAAGGAACAGGAGGGUGGGGAAAGAAGUAGUGAUGGAGAAGAAUUUUUGAGGAUUCUGCAUAUCAUUUACAAAAAAAAAAAGAAAUCAUUUUAUGAUGAACAUUACCUGAAUAACACCAAUUAGUUUGAAUUUUCUAGGUGAAGGCAUUUUCCCUAAUGGGGACCAGCCUACAAGAAUGAUGCAUAAGUAGUAAGAUAAGUAAUUGUUCUUAUCUUUUUUUCCUGAAUGACUGUAUGGUUAACAUACAACUACCAGUAUUUUUUAAAUGGCUGAGAUGAGCUAGAUACCCUACCUGGGUCAGGAUAUCCAGCCACAUUUUGUUUGCCCUGGAUUACACCUGUUAAUAUUAUUUUUUUUAAAAAAUAAAUGUUCCAUUGAUGCUCUUUUUAAAAACAAAUCUAGGUCACUUUCUAAUGACUUCCCUCCUUCUUCCUCCAGCUUCCACCUCCCCCCCAACCCCUCCUUAUUACAAAGAAGUUUAAUUAGGGAAAACAAACCAACAUAUUGACCAGAGAUAACACAGAUCUCAUUCAAUCUCUAUAGUCCAUCCUAAAGAGGAGGAAAAGUAUGUUUCACAGUCUUCCGAAAUGGAACUGCUUCUAACAUUGAUUAAUGGUGAAGUCUUUCAAUAUUGUGCUUUAAAAACAAACAAACAAACAUUAUAAGGGUCAUCAUAUAAAUUAUCUCAUAUCCAUUCUUUCUCUACAUCACAUCAGCUCACUUUUCCCACUGGCCCCAUCUCCAGUCCAUUAUCUUAUUCCCAGCUCUCUAAAAAAGCAAAUCUAUUCUGGUGCUUCUAUGUUUUUAGGGUAAGCUCUAGGAUAGUGGGGGGAAAUGGCAAGGGAAGGGCAUCUUUCUAACUUCCCAGAAAGUCACUCCAAUGUUACUUUUGAUUCCUAGAGUACAAAUGUGACUCCUUCCUCUGGCCAAAGAGGAAAAGGAAAAAAAAAUGGGAGAAAAGACCAAACUCCUCUUUUCCUGUUUUACAAAAGGACUUCUCAGAUGAAUUUGCUUACAAAAGAGAGUUUCAAACAAAAAUGUUGAAAACUAUUUAUUUGAUAGUCCUUGUGUUUGCUAUAAUUACAUAUACAGUUCUAUGAUCCAUAUCAAUGAUCCUGGACAUAAUAUCUGUAUAAGAAAAUAUAUAAUAUAUGUGUAAUAUUUUAUUAAAACAUUUUUAAGAAAAAUAA